AUUAAAAAAAAAAAAAAAGAAGGAGUCAUCUGACAAUUUAACUCCACCCUUACUUGAGUAACUUCAGUUCAGAAUUGUUCAUUAUGUUCAGAUUCCCACACCUACCAGACGAAAUGGGCAAGUUUAAGUAUACUUACUAUUUUGUUUUAACCCUGAGCUUCAUUUCAGUUCUGUUUUAUAUGAACAGACAAACAGAGGAUGAAAGAUAUAUCUAUGCCAAGCCUCAAGAUUCUUCUAAGCCAGAAAUGAAAUCACGGCUGGACACUGAAGAAAACGGGAGAUGUGAGGGGAAGAGUCACACAAACCCGAUGCCACCGAAGCUGACGCUCAGACAGUAUGCCAGAAAGAAGCUUGUUUAUGACCUGUGCAGCACAAAAACCAUAUUGGACACCAGAAGCAAAUGGCAGACAUUUGACCAAAUUCCCAAGAGGGAGUUGCACAAUUUGCUUGUAGACGACCGGCAUGGAAUAAUCUACUGCUAUGUUCCAAAAGUUGCCUGCACUGCAUGGAAACGGAUCAUGAUUGUUCUGAGUGAGAGUCUGAAGGUGCAUGGUGUACCUUACAGGGUCCCUGCAGACGUCCCCAUCGAAGACGUUCAUGGAUCCUCUCUACAGCACCUUAACGAAUACCCGAAGGUAGUGAUAAAACAAAAACUUGAGACAUACAAAAAGUUCAUAUUUGUCAGAGAUCCAUUUGUUAGACUGAUUUCAGCCUACAGAGAUAAGUUAGAAAGCCCAAAUCAGAUAUAUUAUGAAAGAAUAGGGAUGGACAUAUUACGCACUUUUGGAAAUGUCUCUAAUCCGCCAGCAUCAGUAGAGAAAGCCCAUGCUGAUGGCAUUGUUCCUUCUUUCUACAACUUUAUCCAAUAUAUACUGAGCCUCCCAGCAGGCAACGACACAGUAUUUGAUGAACAUUGGCGACAAACAAUUAACUUGUGCCAUCCCUGCCUGAUUAAUUAUGACUUUAUCGGGAAGAUGGAAACCAUCGAGGAAGAUGCUGCUCAACUGCUACGAAUUCUCCAUGUUGAUAACAUUGUCGACUUUAAACCAUGGGUCAAAAGUCAAACGGACCUACGUGAGAUCAUGACCUGGUUUGCCAACAUCCCCUUGGAGUGGAGGAGGAAACUCUACAAAGUUUAUGAGGAAGACUUCAGACUGUUUGGAUAUGAAAAUCAUGAACACCUAGACAAUCUCCAUCUUGAAAACAUCACCUGAAUUGUUUGUUGUGUUCUGUAGUGUGACUGUUUGUUCAUUUGUAGGGGAAUCCUGUGCUAGGACUUGACGUUGGUAACUUAGUCUCCUUUACUGAUUUGAAUGGCAUGGGUGUUAUGGUGAUGGAAAAUAUUAUUCCUCGUUUUCACAUUACAGUUGAUCUGUUUUAAGCUUCAUCUUAAUAUGCCAACAGUCUAAGUAGAAAAUGUUUCUUGUUGCGUUACAUGAAAUGAGGUCCAAAGAUGCUAGCAGACACCAUUUCAUGUUGUACUUAACCUUUUCACCUAAUACUAUUUUGUCAAGCCAGGUUUUGUGACAGAAUUUUUCUGUGGAUUUAUGCCUCACUAGAAUUUUCAUUAGUAGACCAAGCUCAAUAUUCACUCACCCCUUUCUUUAUCAGAGUCCUUUCUGAAAGUAUAUUGCUAUUUCUAGAGGAGCUUUUGUUCCAAACUUAUAAAAUGUAUCACUUGUCUAUCCUUUAAUGGUGUUUCAAGUAGCUCAUGGCUCAGUAGUACAUGGCUAAGUAAGUUCUAAGGAAGUAAAUAAUAUUUAUUAUUAUUAUUAUCUGUGGAACUAUAUUAGUGAAUAGUACAACCCCAAUUCUAAAAAAGUUGUGAUGCUGUGUAAAAUGUAAAUAAAAACAGAAUGCAAUGAUUUGUCUCAUAAACCACUUUGGUAUUCACAAUAGAACAUGUUCGCAAUGUCUGUAAUGUAAGACACCUAAGAGAGUGCUACAGGUAGACAGGAAGGACAGUUGAUUAAAAAUAGCAGUAGUUGAAACUGCCAGUUUUAUCACUAUUUAUCUGUAAAAUAAAUAAAUUUAAAAAAUCAUGUCCAUACAGCAUUUAAUGUCAUAAACACCUUCAAACAGAUUUGUCAGAGAACAGCUGUUUGAAUUUACAGGAAAAUAAAGCUGUUUGUUGUCAGUAUAACCGUGAUAUGCUAAGC